CUCAGGUUUGACUGGUGUGUUCAUGCAGUUUCGUGUAUGUGUGUGCGGUGUGUGUCUGCGAACGCACGUCGGAUCUGUGGCACCGAGCAGCGACUGUGUUUGGUUUCACGACUGUCAGCGCUAGCAGUCGUGCUCGGAGCACUGCGAUGAAAUUAACGACAAUUUUACGAAAAGUCGUGUAACAUCUGAGCCUUUUCUUUUUUUCCGUAACAUGCUGUUAGUUAUCCUGCUCGCUGUGACAUUACCGCUGUCACUGGCCAUUUGGUCCUUGUCAGUAGUUUCAUCUUGGUACACAGAAAGUGUAGCGCCGCCCACGCCUCUCCGGUUCUUUUUUUCCGCAUUCAUCCCGAUUUUAAUAUCGGCUUGGGGUUACAAGAGGAAAAGUCUCGACCUUUCAGGAGCUUUGUGUGGUGUGGUGGUCGGUUUCAUAUUGACGUUAAGCAGCUACCUGUUCCUAGCGAGCCUCUUCGCUUUCUUUAUCUCAUCCUCUCGAGCAACGAAGUUUAGGUCCGAGCUGAAACAGAAGUUUGAACCGGAUCACAGAGAAGGAGGGCAGCGCAACUGGGUCCAGGUGCUUUGCAAUGGUGGCAUUGCGACAGAGUUUGCGCUGCUGUACGUGCUGGAGUGUGGGAUGGGCGAGAGGCUGGCCGAUCCAAGCAAUGCCUGGCAGUGCACCAUCCUCUCGCUGGCCGUACUCAGCGCCCUGGCUGAGAGCUGUGGAGACACGUGGGCCUCAGAAUUUGGCAGCGUACUCUCCAGGGGAGAUCCUUUCCUCAUCACGUCAUUCCGGAGAGUGCCCAGAGGAACUAAUGGCGCUGUUUCCCUGGAAGGCCUGUUCUUCAGCGGCCUGGGCGGGGCCUUCAUAGGCCUUGUUUACUAUGUUGCUAUGGCUCUGUUUGUGGGCCCAAGCAGCCUACAGGCAGCCUCAGCCCAAUGCCUAGUCAUUCUGGUUGGCACCCUGGCGGGCUUCCUCGGAUCCCUGCUGGACUCUUUCCUCGGAGCCACUCUGCAGUUCUCAGGUGUGCACACCAAGACAGGCCGGAUAGUCGAACGUCCUGGACACAACGUGAAGCACAUCUGUGGUGCCAACAUACUUGACAAUCACUCGGUCAACCUUCUGUCCAAUCUGGCUACGGCUUUCACAGUACCAUUGAUUUCAGUGAAGUUGUUUUCACUCCUUCGCUGAUCUGCAUUUCUCAGACUCCUUUUGAUGCUGCUCUGCCGAACAGUGAGCCAAGCAAAAUCUCUUGGGUGUUGUUUUAUUAAUGGUGAUAGAGAUCGCUUGUUUUGCAUGUGUAACAUACUUUGUUUUCAUAUUUAUUUUUUUGUCUGCUAUUGCCACAUGGUGUACUGUGGGGUCGUGCAAAAAAAGAAGGCAGAGGCAGUAGGAUAUGAUUCUUCAUUGGGUCAGCCCAGUCCUAAGCACACUCUCUUCUUAACGUCGAUAGAAUCGUUUUGGGGAAAUAAAAAAUCAAGUUGACGAAUUCCUGCUCUCAGACAACCCACUGAUAAACUGUGACAACCUGUUGUACUGGAAGUUUUGGAACAGUAUGAAUAUGAAACAAAUGUGGACAGUACUGAUGUGUUAUAGCAGUCAUUUGUUUGUGUAAUCAUGGAGUGUUUUGUUUCGUUCUACUCGCCUCAAUGCUUUGAAAGGCUUUUUUUUUCUUCUUCCCAAAAAAAUCAAAGGAACAAGUAGACACCACUUACUAGCAAGUUUCGUGCAAUUUAACAAACUUUUGAGCGGUAUGCCCGCUUUUUGCUGCAGACCUCUUGCCAUAUUUUCCUUGUGUUGUUGUGCCAGGCUAAUCUAAAUGCAGAAGGCAUGGCUCUAGUGAAUUAUCUGACUGAGAAGCCAUAGCUUCGCGAAUUCCAAGUACUCAGAAGGUUGAGUUGUAUAGCUCCAGUAGCAAAGAAAUCUAAUUGCUGUUAAAGCAGUGCAGUUGCCAACCGAUAAUUCGGACUGGAUGGGAGCAGAUGAAAAGUUGAAAAGAUAAAAAGAGUGGUGAUUUAGCAGUAAAUGCGAGGACAUGCAUUAGUCAUGUCACACCUCUUUAAGGUCCCGGGUCCAUGAAUUAAACCAUACUCACCACAUUGGAAAGUGUUGUUCAGGAGCUCAUUCGACAUAUGUCCUAUCUUUUUGUGGAGUGAUAUAUAUAUAUAUAUAUAUAUAUAUAUAUAUAAAAUAUACACGCACACACACAUAACACAUGUGCUAAUAAGCUUUCCGAAUCUCCCCCUCUCUACCAUGUGACUGGCUUCACACACAUUUUGUCCACUUUGACACUCCUAUUGCAUUAAAAUUGACUUGAUUUCACAAAUGGCCAAAAAAGCCCAUGAACAUGUUGCUGCAUGCACAUGAACCUGACUGUGGUAUAGUGAACCUGUAUUUUGGCCAUUGUCAUGCUAUUGCUGCAGAUAGAUGACAGUACAGUCAAUGCAUGCAACAAAUCUCCAUUCUCUGGUAACGUAACUAGUCGACUACGCUGUGAUAGCUGAAUAACCACGGGUUUAUUUGUAACAUUCACUUUCCUCACUUAAUUGCCGCCCUCAUCUGCGUAGACAUUGUGGGUGGAGUUCGUGCUACUUGAAGCUUGAUGAUAUUGACCGUCAAAAAUUCCAGAUAGCUAUCAAAGAAGUCGCCCAGGACCUUGUCGCUAUUUAAGACAUAAGUAAAUAAAGAAUUGCAUGGCAGAAUUGCUGAAUAAAAUAAAAAAAUUGCUGAAAUUGCAUGACAAGCUGCAAAUGCAGCCUUAGAACCUAGCAGCAUGGCUUGGCUUGUUCUAUACUCUGGCCCUGGCUGGUGAAUACUGGUCCAACUAAGUUUUGCUAGUUUUGGUUUCAAGAAGGUGCCGGCAACAAGGCCAACACCCAUGCCGGCCAACAUUAUAUCAGCGAUGUGUAGCAAAGUAGAAAUGGAGCUCUUGGCCAGAUUAGCAUGUGGUUGUGCAGGCCAAGUCCGAAUUAUCGAAUGGAGUGUAAGGUGUCCGAAAUUUCGGUUGCCGUUAUGCAUUAAGUCUAAGGGGGGCAUUGCUGUGAAGCUAUCUGAAUAAUCAAGGACAUCCAAAUUAUUAAUGUCUGAAUCAUCAGUUGGCAACUGUAUUCUGAUGUUUAAUGUUUCCAGUUGAUCAGGAGGACUCAAUUUGUCAAAUGAGUUAAACUAAGAGACUUGGCAAAACUGGCAAGCAACGAUAUCAGAUCAAGCAAGUUAGCUUGAGUAAUUUUCUGUGUAAUGCUUUUUAUUUUCAUUGUUUGUUUCAACUUGAAAGGUUGCUUUUUCUUGUGCUCAUACAGAUGGUUGUGUAGUGACUUCAAUUACAUGUUCUAGACAACUCUAUUUAUGCUUACAAAUGCAAAAGUAAAGAGGAACUCGUAUUGAUAUUUUGAGCUCCUCUUAUGCUCCAUCCAGUAACAUUAUUGUUGCUACCAUUUUACAGGUGUUAACAGCCUGUACCAUCGUACACAAAUGAAACGUGAAUGGGACAAUUUAAACACAAGAAAGGCUAAGAUUUCAUUUAUGUAAUGAAAUUAUAGCAUUGUUCUAACGAAAAUUGUUAUUUGACAAUUUGCCCAUACACGGAAUAGUAUAGUGUAUGUCAAAAUUUUGAUUAGGCUUGUUAAUAUAGUCGAACCAAGUUGCAGAAAACGUGGAUAAUAACGAAUUCAUGAUUGCACCACUCUUGUAGAAAUUGUACAUGAUUCACGUGCAUUUAAGACUCCUUAUAAAGAAAUGGUGUGUGCACAUUUUGAAUUAUACCAAACUAUGCAGUGCUGGAACUGGUUGAAGAUGGGUACAUGAGGCAGGCUUAGCCACUGCAUACCAAUAGUUGUCACUGGCGCUACAGGCACGAAUGACUCAUUUUCACAAGCAUCCACAAAAUUUUCAUGUCUAAUGUACUGAGAGCGCUGCUCAGCAUAACAGUAUAAGUACUUGAUGGCUUGGUCAACGUCGUAGCAUGACCUCUGAGAUCUGGUGGCAUGCACUGAUGGGCUGACGAUGUCAGAGGCUGUGUCCACACUUGCCCUAAUUUGAGGUCAUGCCUGUAAGCAUUCCUGGUUCCACGAUGCAAGGAGCGCAUCAGUGCACAUGGGUCAGCAUUUGGCACAGCAGAAAGCACUAAAAUGCAGAGAGCUCCGACGUAUGUGGGGAAGUCGCACUAGUCUUAAAUUAUUUUCCUGCCUAAUUUUAUACUAUAACAAAAGAAAGGUGAAGGAGGAUAGAUUACUCAAGCUGUGCCUUGUUGGCCACCCUGCACUUGAGGAAGGUCAAAGGAGGAAAGAUAAAGAAAAAAAAAGAAAGAUAGAGAUAAUAAAGUGGCAGUCAAUAUGAGCACACUCAGAGAAACAUUUGCUGACAGUCACGGGCGUUCACACUGUCCAGUUGCCUUCAAAAGGUGCACUAGGGAUUUUGUGGCAUUGUGCAUGGAAGAGUGCUUAUGCUUAGGCUGUGGUUCCAGGAUCUUAUCCUCUGAGAGUGGUUUGUCAUUCAGAUGCCUGGGAGUAGAUUUUAGAGCACAUUGUUGAGCAUCGAAGAAUGGACAUUCUCACCAGAGAUGCUCUGUUGUCUUGUUGCACACUCGAAAAUUUCACACAGCACUGUCGGCCAUUCAGAUGAGGAAUGAAUAAGCAUUCGCAAGUGCGAUGCCCAACCACAUGCGACACAAUAGUCGUUUCGGAAUGGGAGAGUCCGUUUGGUAGGCAAAGUCUCGAGUAAGGGUCGAUCGAGUGAAUACAAGGGGGGGUGGAGGGGGGGGGGGGUGAAACGCGGUGAAUUCCAUUGUCAAAAUGUGAUGUGUGGUGGGCAGGUGAUUUAAGUUGCUGCUCGCAGCAUUUGUUCUCGAAAGCAGUAUAACCACACACAGAUCUUGUUGACGAGCUGAGCACGCAGCUUCAUCUGCGUUGUUGUUGCCGCCAAUCCCACAGUGCCUCAGCAGUCAUUAAAAUAGAAUGUCUGGUCUGUUUUCUGCCAUAUCGAGCUAUGUUGCAGUUUUUGCUAUGUUCAUUAUAAUGAGGUUCAUGCGUGUGCCCCGCCUCAGGUAUAUUGUUACAUAUUUUACUGGGCCUUUUCAUUUUUCUGUAAAGUUCUUUUACAGUGUACGAGUGCUUAAGCGAAGUGACAGCAAUUGCUGUUGAUAGCAUGUGCAUUGAUUGUAGUUGGCAUCAUUGUGGUGGCAGUAGUAAAUGGGAAUGGGGCAAAAGGUAGAGGGUUUAUUGAAAGGGCUUCAUUUUUUUUUUAUUGCUUUGCAACAUUGUGCACAUUACUUGUUUGGUUAGCUGUACACAAAUAAGAACCACAUUUGUGAAGUUCCCAAUUUUGGAUUUGUCACUCGACAAUAGCACGACAGCCUCUACCCAUUUUAAUGCCGUAUUUUGCAUUUUACAAUACAACACCACAGUUAAAACAAGCCAUUGCAGCUAAUUGAAUGCUUGGGACAAGUGAGCUACUUAAUUUUUUCUACACUGCUGUGCCACACGUAAGUCAGGUGUAAUAACCGUGUUGUCUCACUUCUAGCCUGAAUUAGAGAACAAGAACAAAGGAUCAGAACUGCCUCCUUGCUCUCCACAAUUUGACUUGCAGCCAUUAGGAUACACGCAGCAAGAUAGAGAAGUUCAUAUUUUUAUCUGUGUCCCCAGUCAGUAUACUUUCACUUAAGAAUGUGUGUUUCUUUCUCUUUUGCUAAGUGGUGCCUGGAAUAGAUAAGCAUGAAUGACUUGUGCAAGCAAGUGCAGUUGGCAGUGUGCCCUACUUUCUCCUCUUCAUGUGCAUGUAAAAAAGGGCAGCAGGAAAUGAGGUAGCAAUAGGAGUCUCGGUGAGGAAGAGGGGAGCAUGUGAAUUUGUGAAUUCAAGCACGAAAUGCUAAGGCCAGCUGUUGGUAGCUGAGGAGAGAAAUCCUAAUCAAAUUGAGCUAAAAUUUUAUAGAAAAUGGUGCUUCUCGAUGUAUAGUACAAGAAGCAAAUGACACAUUAGACCACUUGAGUGUGUCGUGUGCUUUCUGUCCCAUGAAAGUGAGCUCUUUACUUCGUUGUCGAAAUUUACGCUUGUUGAAGAUGCAAGUGCCGACAAGCUCGGCACAUCGACUGUGCGGUGUAGCGAGGUGAAAUCAUUCAGCCUGGCAUGUGUGCAUGAUUGCACAGUGCUUGAUGUGUUUAUUUCUCACUUUGGCUCUGGCUUAUAACUGGGUAGCUCAGUACUGCAAAACUGGCCUCUUCAAUUUGCUGAGGAGCACCACUGUACAAUGUGAAGCAAAAUGACUAUAAUGCUAUGAAUUGGCAAGCAAGCACAGUUGAAAAUGUUCUUUCUUGUGCCAACAGGUGCCUAUAUUUGAGAUGUCAUUUCAGUCUCUAACAUUGUUGCAUGUUCUUAAAAAAAGCAUAAGUCUUGUGCCAUGAAUAUUUUUCUCAGUGGUUCCUCAUGGUUCACUCACAGUGCAUGUGUCACCUUGAAAUAGCUGCAGAAGAGUACGCAUUUGGGCUGGUUGGUUCAUAAUUACGAGUAGUAAAACAGUGCUAAACAACAGGACGAGGAAAGGGACAGUGCUGUUGUUUGUGUCCCUCUCCUCGUCCUGUUGUUUAGCGCUGUUUUACUGCUCGCACUGCUUGAAAUAGCUGCUGCAGAAGCUGGAAAAAAAAUAGAAACUGUUUGGACUACUAUCAUAUAAGUUUUUCCUGAGGCUGUAGCCAUACCUUGUUGUUGUUUUUGGGGAGGAAAAAUUGCUGUGCCACUUCCACACUAUUAUUGACGUGAAGCAACCACUGUCUUUAGUUAUGCUGUCACAGUCUCAAGUGCAUAGCUUAUACACACGCACGAACAUAGACAUCCUGCCUGCACAGCGUCCUUACUGCUGCAUGUUAACUUGUGGAGAGCAAAGAAGCAGCUCAGAUCCUUUGUUUUAUUGCGGUAGCAAUUAUAUGGACACUCCAAGGGCACUUUCGCAGUUGGCAUUGUCGUCGCUAUGAGGUUCUGUAUGAAGUCCAAGUACGCUGUACAUGCGAGCGAAGGCGUGCAAGGGGAGGUGACGAUUGCAGCUCAAUUUCCCCGGUGCGAAAGAGUUGAAAGCGGGGAGGAAGCACGCCGUCUUCUGUUGUGCACAAGGCACCCAAUGUUACGAGGCACUGGGGGGGAGGGGAGAGAAGGGAGGCGGCAUUCUACUCCAGCUGCAACUGCGCACGUGGCAGCUGCGUGCGGUCGCGCGGCCAUAUCUUGAGAGCGAUAUGCGUUGGAGGAAGAGUCUAGGUGCGUCGGUGGCUUGUAGCUUUGUGCGUGCUGUGUGUUCUCGGCGCUCACUUUGUGUUGAAGCGAUAGACAGCACGAACGUCACUUUGCUCACUGCUGCUGCCGCGUUUCCUCACGCCAGCGUUUUGACAGGCAGCUUCCACAGUCAUAGAGUCAGAUGUCUUCGUGUUUGCUUGUACACGCGUGACACCGUGCUUGUUAAUUUAGUUAGUGUGGCUAUGUUCACAAGCUUACACGACCGAUAAAACUACUAUCCGUACUUCAUAUAGUUGUCUGCUAAUUUGCUAUCGCAAUCGAUGCUCUGCCUUGUGGUCGAAACUGCAACUUUUUUGUUGUUCAAACACAUUCAUUUUGAGGAUCAUAUUUUGCCUGUCUUAUCUAACAUGGUGGGAAGACUGACACCUGUUAUGCCAGUGCUUAUCUUUGUUGUAGUUCCAGUGUAGCAACAAGCUUGGGUUUAUCUGUGGCCGUUUUUCAGUUGUGAUCCUGUAAAUUUCAAACAGGCAGUUGUACAGUCAUAAUUAUCAAAAAAACGAAUAUGAGGACACUAAUGAUUAGCUGAGAUUACAUUUUCCUUCUUUCCCCAUGUGGAUUUCAGAUGUUUCCUUGCUUCAGUGCUGGCUUGCCCAGAAAGGUCUUCAGUGUCUACUAUUGCACUUACAAAAACAACUGCAACUAUGAGAAAAGGCUACAUACUCCUCAUCACAGUAGUGAUUAACUUGCUGUGUGAUGAGCCUGUCACAUACUUUUACAUGGCACAAUCAACUGCAAAACAGUCAAGUAUGAAAAACAUUGAUGACUCACAGUAUUCACACUUGCAGCUCAAUCACUCAUUUCUUCAUGAACAAGAAGCUGAACAUGCGUUGCUUCCAGUGGCGUUGUUUGCUUUAAUGACAAUCACAAAUGACAACGAUAUUAUGGAAAAGGUUGUUUAUCUACUGCAUGUUUAGGCAUAGAUGUGUGACCAUUUGUCAUUUGUCGUCAGUCUUUACAUUUCUGUUAAUAUUGCUGGAACACUGACACCUGUUAUAACACUGCUUAUCUUUGUCGGAGUUCCAGUGUAGCGGUCAGGCUUGUUAUGUGUGGCCGUUGUUGAGUUGUGAAUCUAUAACAGUAUGAAUUUCAAACAGAAUUUAGUGACUUUAAUAACAGAUUUGGUGGCAUUGCCAGAAUGGCAAUGCCACCAGACUAUAGUUAACAGAUUUCGUGCUCUUGGUUACAGGCAAUUUUAUUAUUUCGAUGUUUUAUCGCUGUUAUGGUUUCUGGUUUGAGGCUGCAUGACCUGCCAUUGACGGAGAAUACUGUAUUCACAUUGUCUCUCUGUACAUUGUUUGAAGCGUUUCGUGGUUACCAAUGGUGGUGUAGAAUGUGUAUAAUGUAUUGUCCUUGAAAUGCAGAUUACUUUAAUCCACGUUGUUGACGAGCCACAUGAAGGCUCCGUGCUCUACAUUUCUUGCCUUGAAUUUACAGACUUGGCCCAUGUACUUGUUGCACACGUCGGUUUUGUGUCACUUGAGUGGUGCUUUUAGCAAUAUAUAUAUGAUAGUGCAAUACUUUUCCCAGUGUAAAUGCCUUCCAGCACCAGUGCAUGGAAAAAAAAAAAGGAGGGCAUUCACUGAAAAAGAUUCUUCGCCUUUUACAUGUACAACAGCAUACUGAGACAAUCGACUAGUAACUUACUUCUCUUUAUUGAAUAACAAGUGCAACUGGAAAUUUAAUGUUUCUUGGGCUGCACUUGUGCUCACAUACAUGAACAAAGAGUGAGACGCCAAAACUGACUGUCGCAUUGGAAGCAUAAAAUUGAUGUGGAGCCAAGGAGACCAGUUUACCAGGUGCGUCUGUUCUUUUUCAGUGAAAUGCUGAAACUGCACAGAACAUCGACAGGCGCAUAAGGUGUACUGCCACGUGCCUUUUUUAAACAGUGGACGCAAUCUGUCUUUGCCUGACUUAGCACCGAUCCUGUCAGCUUUCUAUCUCUGCCUAUAAAGCCAUCCCUUUAGCCCCUUUACUCUUCAAUGAACCCGCUAUUUGACCUCUUUUAUCCCUCACCAAGUCAUACCUAAGUGCACACACAGCAGUCGUAAACUUUCACUCAGGUGAAAGAAUCAGGUGUGGCACCUGUUUGCUGUCUAUGGUAAAGCUGCUGAAAGUUGUGCCGAUUUCCUCACAUUUUCCCCCUCUGUGGUUGCAUAAUUUUUAGUACAUUCAUUUUGGUAAUAUCUGUUUUGCCUUGCUAAUAUUUCGUUGGUGUGAUCAUUGACUAUCUAUGGCCAAAUACAAGAGCUUCUUUUUCUUACCUGCACUCGAGCUUCACAUUCCUACCAGCUAAACAGGUAAUCACCCUAACACAACCCUGUAGGUGAAAACCUUUGGUUUUAUGUUUCUGCACCUUAAAACAUAUGGACAUGCUUUGAUGUCGCCCUGUCUGUGACACAUUAACAUGACCUCGUUGAUUCACAUCCAAUAUGUGGGCAGCACCUCGUAAACUGGUCUCCUAUUAUACCCCUGUUAAUGCUCCAUUUCUAGCUGUGCAUUAUUCGUAGAAAACCUCUGUACCUCUGUGUUAGCUGAAGCCGCAAAGUACCAGUCUCUUGUGUGAAUUUGUGUAUAAACAUUAGCUUUAAUUGUUCAGCAUAGAAUGUUUAAAUACCUUGCAGAAUAAUAGUGAUGAUAUAAGUAAGUCACAGUAGCAUACUGUUUCCUGUUUGUCAGCUAGGCAAUAAGCACAAUAGCUUAUGAAGCACUCAAAGGUAACCUGCACGAACUGAAUGCAAGAAGCAUUCACCCCACGCAGAAAACUAAACCAUGCAUUUUGAUGGCAUCAAGCUGGGGUUGGAAACCUGUCUGUUGGUAAUUAUUUAUUAGUCAUGUGCAUAGUGGUGAAGACAAUUAUGCACAUGACUGCAUGAGCAAAAGUGUAGAGAACUGCUGCAUCAGCAAAAAAUGUAAAUUUAUUCUAGCCUGGCCGUGCAUUGGGAAAUUGUCCUAAUGUAUUAAAUUGGUCGAAUAUGUGCAUGUAGGAUGUACCACUUAAUUUUCAGCCUGUGUACCUAGGCUGUGAUUUAAAAAAAAUUUGUUUUGCUACAUCUAGGUGGGGUUGGCCCCCCCACCAAUAUGCCAGCUACAUAAAUAAAUGUUAUUUCUCUCUCUCUCUCUUGCUACAUCCUGUGGUUUCUAAACUUUUGCUUGUGACUGUACACUACUUGCUGAUCUGGCUCUGUUAGGGAAGCUUGUUGGGACCCCAAUCAUUGCAUUAGGCUGGUUGGCCGAGCAAGAAAAAAUGUAUAUAUCAAGGAUAUUCGUUGCAGGCGUAUUUUCCCAGCAUAGUUGUUAGGUUGUGCCAUUCAUGAGUGAAGCACUGAUGAAAAAAAAAAUCGUCAGUAAUUCAUUUCGGAAUUUUAUCCCAGGCCCUGCGGAGCUUCUUCUUGUGUGUAUGUGUGCAUGUCCGUCAGGCACAGAACAUUCCCCGGUAGCUUGUUGCUGGCAGACGCAAAGCAGUGUGUUUCACAUUUCGCAGAAGGUAUACAUUGCUAAAUCAUCUGGCUUCGGUGCACUUGAUGUGAGCUGGUGCACCACUUUGCACUGAGGUGUUCACCGUUUGCUCAUUCAUGUCUUUUACUGUUAACAUGCUUGCGUGUUACUGUCAGUGUUUGCCAGUUCUAGAAGCAGUGCACGUUAGAAACGAAAAUGAACCCAUCGAAUGUCUACGAGCCAUGACAAUCACUGAUGUAUUUGUACUCGAUGCAGUGCAAAUAUUUUGAUAUGGCCAUAUUUGGGCGGAUGCCUCUAUACGCAUAUGUCUACACAUUGUGGCUUAGUGUUGUUGACUAGAGUAGCAUCAGCAAGGGCAUGUCUGGCUCUAGCAGUAGUUAUUGGCACUGGCAUACUCACACUUCAGAAAGCAGAGUAUUAUUUGCAAAUACCUUGCAAAUCGCUUGUUAACAUAACAAAUUCUUGAUUGCAUAUCUUUGAGGAAAAGCACCCAAGAAACCCUUUGUAUUCGGUGAAUGAGAAGAAGGGGAACUAAGGGGCCCGAUUUUUGAUAGUUAAGAUCGUAUGAAACCAACAGGCAAUGAAACCAGGAAAAUCAUAGCGUAAAUUACUUGUUUUCAUUGACAUGUGCAAGUGAUAAAGUAAAGGGAAACAAAAGUGGAUGAAAAAAGAACUUGUCACAGGUGGAACUGCAUUUUUCCCCCUUGCCCCCACGCAAAUUGAAAGAAUCGUACAAAUUUAGGUUGAGACGAGUGCCUGAGAGUUGCUAGCGUCAUUAGCUGAUGCAGAGCCAACUUUCUCUUGCACCCUGCAUGCUGGCUUGCAUGUAGCCUUGUGAAACGUUUGUUACACACAAUCAGUAUCAGGUGUUUUCCUCUACUGGAGGACCCUUAAAACACCAAGGAUAUGCUUGUAAACACAUGCUCACAAAGCCAGUUAAUUUGUCCUGCAGUGCUAAAUCUUUACUCAUGUUGAAAAAUAAUCUUGUGAUGGGAAUAAAUAAAUGUAUGUCUCUGUGUUA